AUUAAUGAAAUUAAUCCAAUCUAUAUUAAUCCUAAAUUAAUAAAUUUGUAUUAAUCCUAAAUAUGUCCUAAUUUUAGGGAUCGUUUUUCGAGUAAUGGCGAAAGGGGAAGAGGAACGCUGGUCUUUCCCUUGACGAGUUUGCAGAUCGGGGAUUUGCAGUCCUACCUUUCACAUCUCCACCUAUUUCUAGCCAAUGAAAGUGGGAAUUUCUACAUCUUGGUGGAUAAUAGGCCAUGGUUGAAAGAUCCCGCAUCUCUGUCUACUCAUUGGUGGCAAUUGAUGGUCACUAAGUCCAGGUUGUCCCCAUUUGCGAACACAAGGGGCACAAAGGAAAGCAAGUUGUCUGAAGAACUUCCAGAUUUGCAGGCUUCUUCCCCACCACCUACCAGAAAACAAAGAGUCCUCCGAGAGUGGUUUCAUUUCAUCGAUGCUAUGGUUGUAUCUAGGAAGGAUGCUUUGCUUCCUGUAAAGAAGCUUACAAACACAUUGAUUGCAAAUGGCGUGAUACAAAGAACUCUGUACGGAUUCAUUGUGUUUGAGGUUGCAUGGAUUAAUGUUCGUGGAAUCAACUAUUAUAAUGAGCUUCAGACAGACACAUCACUUGCUAUAGAGGCUAAGAUUAUGAGGAGUUGGGAAUUCGACAGUAUAGCACAAGCUGACAGUACCAUUGCCUCGUGGUUUCCAGGGACAAUUAAAGAACAGAUUCUUUUGAAGGAGCAUCUGGAUGCCACACUAGGAGAGGUUUACUAUGAUGCUGAAGAAAGUUUCCCGAAGGCUAUUGAUGCGAAUGGGAAUGAAACUUCCAGUGAUGUAACAUCUGCUGGGAGCGAUACUCUCUACUCUCCUGAUAAUACUCCUAGUGUGUGUCCAGAUACGACUGAGAUUAUCAAGAAGACACACCAUAUGUCCCCUACCCCUGAGAGCGUUAAUAGCUCUGGAGAGGCAAACCGUGACCUGAAUGGAGUCUGUUCUAAGACCUCUGAUGUAAGCGACCAUGAAGAAAAAAUCGAGGUCACAAUCUAUCGUGAUGUUUUGAUUCUAUUCAAGUUCAGUGAUCCCUAUCUCCCAUUCAAGUUAAAGGACAUAAUAAUGUCAAAAGUAAGGCUACUUACCCUACUUGAAGCUGGACUUCCAUCUUGGGUCAUUUUCCUGCAGUCUUACCCAGGAUUUUGCCGGAUAUAUAGGCCGUGGAUGUGCCCAUUGGCACGAGGUCUAUACGUUUUUAUCUCAGUUGUCACUGUCCUCAUUGGAUUUUAUGACUUGUACAAGAAUGUACCUAUGCUUAAGGCGGCCGUUUCUAGAAUGUUCGGACCCCUUUUCGACUGGAUAGACGCGUGGGAAAUGACUUCAAGGAUCCAAUAUUUAGGAACCAUGCUGUUUCUUAAUAACUUCCAAAAGGCUAUGAAAUGUUUCCUUACAGCAACAAGGACCAUUCUCUCCAUCCUCACUUUCUUUUUUGCACCAUUGGCUCGACCCUUUGCUGGGCUCUUGGAACUCUUCUUCCCCCUUUGGAAUCUGUUCUUACCAUUAGCACAGGAUUUCUUCUCGGUGAUUUGGACAGUGGUAGAGUCUUCCUUCACGAUGAUAGGUGACAUUUUGGAGAUGUUCCUGCAGCCUGUGUGGUACUUACUCAAUGUAGCAUGGAAUGUUGCAAUGAAAUUCGUAUAUCCUGUAGCAUUAUUUAUUUACGCUCCACUGAAGCUGCUAUUCGGAUUCUGCAGCAUUCUCUCAUCGUCGUGUACGGUCUUAUACGCCUUGUUUAGAGACAUGCGGAUGUCUACAAGGAGCUUAUUUAGGGUGACGAAGAGUGUCCACUCAACAGUGAGCACAGUUGAGAUUUCAAUGUGGCGCUCUCUUUGGCAUGACCUUUUCUCUCAGAUUUUUCGUGCUCUCCGCAGUAUUCUCCACGGUUUAGUGGCUUUCCUCGCUGCCUGCAAUAGGCACAGGCUCAGCAUCUAUAAUCAUGUGGGUGAGUUCACAAAAAGAUCAUUAAGAGCCACAAGGAGUGUGUGACCUCAAGAAAAAGCUGAGAUAAGUUUGUUGACCGAAGAUUCGAAUGACAGUGCUCUUCCCUGGAAAGAGUCCUCUUAUCAAGUGAAGAAGUCCGAGAAGGACUCGUAACAUUUCUAUCAAAGGUAAACACAUAAAGCUAACUGUCGCCAAACUAGCAGUAAAUCCGUGUUCAGUAGGACUACUAGUACACAAACUUAUGGUCCAAGUAGAACUCAGAUUCCAUAAAUAAGGAGGAGUUGUUACGUUGCAUUUAAAAUACCUGCUCUAGGUAGACUUCUGCGCACGAAAAAUAAGCAGAUAUAUCCUUUAUUUUCGACAUUAGAGAAAAGUGGAUUGUGAAUAACACAAGAAAGAAUGCACAUGGAAAGAUGAGGGAGUGCAUAGUGAAAAGUAACCUGUCAUUAUCUUCUCCUUUUCCUAUCACCCAUUAACCAGUUGAGUUCUGCAGUCAAUAUAAAGUUUCAACAAGACGAAGACCCGUUCAGCAGAAUUAUCAGUAUAGAAUGUAUGUGCAUUUGGUGAUUAUUCAUAACUAGAGAAGCACAAGUUAUCAUUAGUUCAUUACUAUGUACAUAGAAAAACUGGAUAGAGCUUAUGAGCAUUGCUGAAAGAGCACUGACAGUAGCGUUGAGAGAGAAGCCUUCUUGAACUAAUAGAUUGUCUACAGAUCCUAAACAAUCAUUUUACUUUACAGUACAGUGGUACAGAGAUAGAUCAGCUUAGAGAAGGAAGCGAAAACUUUGCUCUGGGAACGUCGUGCUUGGUGCUUUCGAUAAUGAUGUUUGUGCACUAGUUGAAGAAAUGAAACAACUUCUUAUACCCCUUGGAAACUGAGAAUGACUUAGGCAAGUUCUUGAAGGACAAUGCUGUCGAACGUCUCCAUAAACUUGUGCUCCGAAACUCUUGGGUUGGCUGCUACAAACCACUGGUGCUCAUAAACACAGAAGUCAGGCAACAUCUCUGCGAUUUUCUCAAGUUAGUAUUAAUAUCUGCAACUGAGUAGGUAGCUAGUUAUUCUAUGUAUAGAUCAUGUAUAAUCACCUUUCUUCGUUUGCAAUGAAUCAGUAGAGGAUGAUUUUUGACAUCUAAAA